AUGGAAUCGGUCUCUGUGGUGCUGGGUUCUUCACUGGGUUUUUUGAUGACUUUCUCGGGUGUUGGGGGUGUGAAUGUUCCGUUCUUCAUCUGCUUUAGGGCUUUGAGCAGUUUCUCAGUCCAAGGCUCUAUCACCUGGGAGGGUAGUAUUAAUUCACAACGUUUAAGUAUACGUUAUGGUAUGAAAGUAUCCGUUACCGCCCAGACAGGAUUCGAAUCCUUCCCGGGGAGCAACCCCCUCGAUAUCAAGGACGUCUAG